AUGGCCACUACCGAAGCACAACCAGUCGCCAUGCACCAAGACUCUGUGAAGGACAAUCAGGUCUCCACGGCUGCAGGAGACCAUCCUGAGAACAAGCCUAACACGAACGUCGUAUCUCCCUCUGAGAAGUCCCGCAACGGCGUGCCAUCCGAUGCCACGAACAAAGAUGCAAGCCCUCGGGUCAAGGCUGCUCACGAAGACACGCCAAGCCCAGAGAAAGCCAAUGAUUCUGUCUCGAGCAAGAAAAUCCCCAAGCAAUUCCAGUACGAUCCUCACAUUGAGCACACGAUCCAUGCUACGAUCAAUCAGGCCAACAAGACGUACAAGACCUAUGGAAAGAUCCGACCUGAAGAAGGAGAGAUCCGUCGUCUGCACAAGACCCUCGCUCAGCUGUCUCAGUUGUUGGCAGCCAAAGGAGACGGUGUUAACACGCAAAGCCGUGCUCUUGCAUAUCUCAAUGGUCCAGAUAACUUGGAUGCCUUGGGCGCACUCAACUGUGCUAAAGCAGACUCAGGCCGCUCUGGCAAGACACAUAGCCAGGAGUCUCGUCGACAGGAACGAAUCGCAAGUGGAUCGUCAACUACCAGUGGCAGCAGUGCUCCGAAGACCGCUGGCAAGAACGCAGUCACUUCCUCUAACGGGACUGGUCAAUCAAAUGGCCAAGAUACCAGCGUUGCACACACCGAUGGAGUCCAUGAUAAUAGCGGCUCUGACGGUGCUGUCGCUAGAGAGCGUAAGUCCCGCAACAACGGUCUCGCUAAGACGGGACGGCGUCAGAAGAGCACGACUGACGACACACCGCUCUCCAACACAUUCCGUAAGGCCAAGGGGGCAUUCAGCAAUCUGCCGAGCUGGAAAAACAAGCGUAACAAGGACAAGCGUCUCGGCAAGACUCAGCAAGGCGGCAAUGGCGAUGUGGUCACGAAUGAGUCCAGCGGCAAAGGUCAGCAAGGUAUCAGCGGCGAUGGAGUCACGAACGGCCAGACCCAGCAAGACAGCAACAGCGACAAAGUCAAGAAGGAUCCCAUCGUCACUGACACGCAAGAGCUCCAGUCCGGAGUCGACGGCAAUGACGACAAAACCACAGAUGGCGCUCCAGUCCCCAAAGUAGCUCCAGCAGUCAAUUCAGCUGCAUGA